UUUAUUUGUCUAAAUGUUCUAACUUAUUUAGUACUUUAAUAACGGGUCUUGUAACGCAUGAAUCCACCCUAUCACAUGACCUGGGUGGACGUCAAGCCUGUUGUCACGUGACAGGAAGUAUAAUGUGAAGCGGUUGAAUGUAAGUAUUUUGAAUAAUAAACUAAAUUUAGCUCGUAAUACAUGUUUCCACUAUCAUAUAUGCAACUUCAAUUUUCAUGCAGUAAUGGCACAUUAAUUCCUAAAUGAUGCAGAAUAUUUAUGCUGAAGAGAGGAUAUUUCCCAAAUGCCACCCCACAUUGCUAGCUAGCUAGCAGCAUUAACCUCCAUGGCUAUCAAUCCGAGAGGCUAGCUACUAGCAAAACAAUCAACACAUCUAGCUAGCUAGCUAUCUAGUGGCGCAAGAAGCAGACCACUACAAUCAAAUACGAUGGACGACUCAGAUCAAGACUUCGUAGACCUCUGCUCCAAGUUGCUCAAACGAGUCCGCAGGAAAGCAGGCGAAACCGAGAAGAGAAGUGUUGCAGAGCCCUCGUCCCAGGACACUGCGAAAUACAUACCCACCAAAAGGGUGACGACUAGGAGGAAGAAGAAAGAUGUUGGCCCAAGUUCCAUGGGAGCUUUGGGUAACAACUCUGAACACGUUUCCUCCAUCUCUACCGCUUGUGAUGAACCAAUCCCACUUCCCUCCAAUACAGACGAAUCUAAACAAGCAGUGGUCAAUGGAGGAAUUGGACUUGGUGGAGGAGAGAAUGGGUCAUCAGUGGCUGUGGAUGUUGAUGGGUCUCGACCUGAGGAUAAGGGAAUGGGGGUGAAGGAGAAAGUGCUACACAGGAUGCAGCAGUUCAAGAGAGUCAAUCCACAGAAGCUGGUGCAUGGUGAGAGGAAUCAGCCUGCAGCAACAGGGAGUGAAAGUGACAGUGCUGCUCCCUAUCCACUGCAAGGUAAUCAAGCUCCAUCCACCUCCGCCUCCACUCCCCUACCGCUGGACCCCCAGAUGGAUGAUUCGGAUGAGGCCCUGGCCCUGCGUCUACAGGAGGAGCUGGACAGGGAGGCCCAGGCUGUGGCCCACGGUAGGGCAGUGGACCUAGAGCAGGGUGGCCUGUUCUUCUGUCAGCUCUGCCAGAAGGACCUAUCUGCCAUGAGCCCCACAGGACGCACCCAGCACAUCAACAGGUGUCUAGACGAGAGUGAGGACAGUGCCCCCCGUGCUGCCCCCGCUCCCCGCGUCCCAGAGUGCCCCAUCUGUGGUAAACGGUUCAAGUCCCAGAAGAGUCGCGCGGCCCACCUGAAGCGCUGCUCCUCCACGAUGGGCGUGGCUCCUGCCGUGCUGCUGCAGGCUGUACAGAGACAGGCUGCCGAGGCUGCAGGGAGCCUGACUGACAGCACCGCCAACCAACCUCCGCAGGCCGGAGGCGCCAAGCGUAAAGGCUCCACAGACCCCAGCCUCCCGGGCAGGAAGAAGCCCAGAAAGAAGCCCCGUUGCCUAGACGAAGACACCAUGGUGGCCAUGGCCCUGUCCCACUCCCUCCUGGAGAAGGAGAAAGAGAUGGAGCGGGAUAUGCAGAGAGAGAUACAGAGGGAGACAGAGAGAGAAGGGGGUCAGCAGCUCCCAGCCCUCCUCCCUCUUUCACCAUUGAAGUGGAGAGCUGAACCAAGUAAGACAAGUAAGGGGCGUGGCAAGAGGAAAAAGGGGGCACCCCCUCGCCCCCCUCCCCUCCUCCUGGUCCAGGACUCGGAGACAGCCCUGAGUCGACUACAGGAGCGUGUGGCUGCCCUCCUCCUCCAUACCCGCGCCCCCUCGCCGCCAACCCCCACACGCUGCCCCAGCACCCUGCCCUCCUGCAGCGCUGCCCCCCUCUGGCAGAAGAGUGCGUUGCGGGACGGAGGGCCAAAGGUCAUCUCUGAGUUCUACACCCCAGAGCUCAGAGAGUUUAUACAGCCUUGGGUGUCUGUAAAGAUGGAUAUGGUGUCUCCCACCAAGGCCAUGCCAGUAUCCUCCACCAACCCUUCCAUAAUAGAAGGCAUCUCUAUGACCAAGCAACCUAUCCCCUCCUCCAAACGACCAGUCCCCUCCACCCAGGCAGCCCCCUCUUCGCUCCCUUCCACCCCAGGGACAGGGCACCUUCCAGUGGGCAGCCAGACUCUGUGUGACCUGAUAGAGCUGGCUGAUGAGGGAAUGACCCUCACACAGUGGGGCUACUCUUCCCCAGGACCUGCCAGAGAUAAAGAGAGCACUGCUACAGACUUCCACCUAAGUGGCUUUGUUCCUGAGAGCACAGACGAACCCCCUGACCUGUGUGUCAGUGGCUUCAUCCCAGAGAGCAUUAGAAACACUGAAAGCCAUCAAAGGAGAUCUGUUCCUCAAAGCAGAGACACCAACAGGAGCAACCAGAAAUCAGUGGCGCUGUCCAGGCUGGCCUCAGACCUGACCAGUAUGGUGAACAACCCCCAGUUCAGUGAUGUCCAGCUACAGGUGGACAGUGGGGAGGUGUACUUCACCCAUUCAUUCAUGCUGUACGCUCGAUGCCCCCUGCUGGCGCAGAUGGUCCAUGACAGUGGAUUCGGGGUGCAGGAGGAGGCCAUGCCCUCAGCCCAGAGGGUGUUGUUGGGUGAGGUACCAGGCCAGGCUGUGUAUACCCUGCUCCAGUACAUCUACACAGCCCACUGCCCCCUCACACCCACCCUGCUGCCACACGUACAGGAGCUGGCAUCCAGGUUCGACCUGGAGGAGCUGCAGCAGCUGUGCCAGCUCUACCCAGCUCAGACAGACAUCCACAGAGGUGUAGAGGGACAGGGGGAUCCGUGGGGAGACUACCCAGCCCAGGAGCAUCAAUCUGGGGGAGAGGAGGAGCACCGAGACCAGGUCUUCAUGGAGCUCCUCCGCUCUAUGUGGAACGAAGAGGUUGUUGAGGAAGAUGAGGGCAGAGCAGAGGAAGGAGAGAUAGCGAUGGAGGGGGAGGGGCGAGGGGAUGGCGUGACGAUAGAAGACGGAGAGACGAACGAAGAAAGGGUGAACGAAGAAGAGAUGGAGGAGAUAUAUGAGUUUGCCGCCACUCAGAGAAAGAGGGAUGAAGGGAAAGAGACUGAAAAGGAAGAAUCAGAGGAUGAGGAGGGAGGAGUGACAUUUUUCACAGAGACAGAAGAAGAGCAGGAGGCUCCAAUCCAAGCUCACUCAUUGGCUGAACACUCAGAUAGGACUGAAUUAACACGCAUGAUAUCCCUUCAAACAAAACUGCCCAGUUUGGAGGCAGCCAUAGCUAUGGGUGACAUUGACACAGACAGGGAGAGUCCAAAUAGGAUAAGAACUGAUCUCAACAAAUCAGAAGGUAGAGAUCCAGAAUGUUCUAGAACAGCCACCAUGGAAUCAGACAGAACAAAACAAUUUGAAUCAAACGUCACAAGCUCAAGAAGUGUCGGAGAGGUAUCUACAAAUAAAAGCCUCCACCCCAGCCCCCAUGACGAUCAGGAGCUAAUCACCAGUCUGGACCGUAGCUACAGCCGCCUCUUCUCUGACUCCUGGGGGGUCUAUGAGACGCAGGAGGAGCCCCACACCUCCCCACCAACACCCCCAUCCUGCCACUCCCAACCCCCCAGGGCUAGCCACAAACUCUCCCGCUCCCAGCCCCCCAGGACCAUGGUAGAGGAGGAUGCGAGACAGCCAGAGCCCACCUCCCCACCCCCACUGUCCUCCCGCUCCCAGCCCACAAGGGUGAAGGUCGAUGGGGGUACGAGACCGACAGCGAUCCCUACCUUCCAGUACUCAGCCAGUGAAAUCAUUGACCUCUCCAUUAGUCCUCCUCUGGUCCCUGCUGUAUCCGCCCUACCUGUUCCUGGUUUGUCUCCAGGGGAAAUGACUGAUAUCGGGGCAGGAGGAAGGACGGAGGGGGUGGUUGGAGGAGGGAAAGUUCCUGUGUGUAAGGAGUUAUUCCAAGAGAAGAUACCAUCUAAUCCAGAGGAUAUAGAGAGAGAGAGUCAUGGUCUUUACAGUAUUUCUGUACCCCUCUCCCCUCCUCACAGUACCAAAGAAGAACCUGAGCUUAUAGUUCUGUCUGACUCUAGUGAAGAGAUGGAGGUAGGGGAUCUAGCACCUACCAGCCCCUCUCCACCACCCCCUCCUCGUCUCUCCCAGAACCACCAAGGCUACACCCGAAUCAGAACUCAAUCCAACACAGAACCCAAUAAACCCACCUCAAGAACCCAAUCAGACACAGAACCUAAGAAACCCAGCUCGAAGGAGAAAGAGACUAGUAGUUGUUCUGUGAGGGUUCCUUCUGUCUCAUCUUCAGAUCAAGGCCUAGAUCCAGAUCCUCCUGGUUAUAAACCAGGUUCUACUCUUGGUUCUGCUGGUUCUACUAGUCCCAUGGACUGUUCUGCAGAGAUGUCUUGGCUCAUCCCGGCCACUCCGCCCAUGCCAUCCAAGAGGACCAACACCAGCUCUACCCAGACCUAUAGUAGCAUGCGUCGCACUCAGCUCUUUCCUAAGGCUAACUCCUCUUCCUCCUCUUCUGCAGCAUCAGUUUUCUCCUCUCCCACCCUCCCUUUCAGGCCUAGCCUUCAGACCUCCACCACCUCCAACCCGCCCAGGGUUUCUACAUAUUCUGCCCAGACAGAGUCCUCUAUUUCUAGGCAGAAAUCAGACAACAGUGGGCCACGGCACUCCAGCUUGGGUCUCGACCAUGACGACCGCUCUUCCCAGAAAUACAACAGUGGUUCAUUCGGGUCUGACCGUGCUGCCCGCUCCCCUGUAUUCACGGUCCCCUCCCAGUCCCAAUCAAAACGCUGCCGCCUCCCCCGCCUGACCCCCUCUCUCUCCUUCAUCCCUCCACCAGACGCCUCCACCAAGGGUACCCCUCUCCACAACGUCCCCCAGCCUUACAGCUCCACUCCCCUUCAUUCAGAUCUACCCAAGCCCUCCGCUCCGUCUCUGGCCUCCAUGGCCUCCCCUCUUCUGAGAGACGGUGCAGGGGAGGGGGACAGCGGAACCAGGCAGAAAGGGAGGGAGCUGGGGUUCUCUGGGAGCCCAUGGAAGAGAGGGGGACUGGGGUCUCUGCACCUGUCCCUCUCGGACCCUUCCGACCCCUCCUCGUCCCCACAUAAGGAGUCCCUUACCCAACCGAGAGAGAAGAACGGCUCCCCCGGACAACGCCGACCAUCCACCGAGGCUAAAUACUUCCACAGCCCAGGAGAUAGAGAGACGGAGGGAGAGAAAGAGAGGGGGGUGAGAGAGGAAUCGGAUGAGAGGAUGGAAAUAGAGGAACUGGAAAGGAGUGUAGUGAAGGAGGAAGAGCAGGAGGAAGAGAUAGAAAAAAGAGAAGGAGAAGAUAUGGAGAGGUCCACUAACAGCUUUCAACAGAGCUUCCUCGGGAUGGACGAGCCUCCCAUGGCCUUCGAUGACUCCUGGGGCCUAAACGCAGGAGGAGGGGACACGGACGGAGAACGAUCCCAGGACGUGUGCUUCAGUCUGAGGAUGGAGAGCAGCGGCGGUGGGGCUAGUCCUCCAAGACAGGGCCGGAGAGAUGGAGAGGUUGCAGGACCAUCCUCUACUUUUACCCCCUCUCCUCCUAAAACCCACACCAGCCACUCUUUCUCCACCCCCUCUCCACCUCCACCCAACACCACUACGCCCCAGGCCAACGCAGAGAUCAACGCUAGCCUCCUGGACGCUAAGAUCUGGGACGACUGGGGGGAGGAGGAGGCUCUUCCUCUCUCUCAGAGGGUGAAUGCUGUAGCUCUGGCUCAAAGAGUGGCCCAGCUCAAGACUCCAGUGGCGUCCCGUAGGAAAGGCCAGCAGGGCCCCCUGGUCCCCAUCACCCCCAUGCCCAGCUACUCUGACAUGGACACACCUGAUCUCAAGAACAAGCUCAAUAGAUUCGGUGUGCGUCCCUUACCCAAGCGCCAGAUGAUCCUGAAGCUCAAGGAGAUCCACCAGUACACCCACCAGGUCAUCAGUUCAGAGUCCGAGGAUGAGGCACCUUCCCUGGGUCGCCCCAGAGCCGUCGGGCCCCUACCCACCACCACCUCCAUGGAGCCCACCAGAAAGCCAGUGUCCUGUGCCCAGACUGGGGGGUUUAAAGAGCCUAGUGAAAGAGCAGCACCUACCGUCUCCCUGGUGAAACUGCCUGGUGGGGAGGAGGACAUGGAGCCUCUCUCUGCCUCUCAGGGAUCCAAUAAGUCCUCCACAGCACCCAGUGAAGACUCUGAGAGGUCUAAUCCAGAGCAGUGUCUCUCUGAUGACUCAGAUAACGACGACAUUACUUCCUCGCAGUCUGCCUCCAAGCUCCAGGACAGCCUCGUCGCUGUCCGUCGUUUCAUCCAGUCAGACCCUCACCUCUACGGGCAGAUCCUCCACUACCAGCCCCUGGUCCUGUCAGACCUCCAGGCCAGACUCAAGGCCGCAGGUAUCCGGCUGGGGGCAGCCAAGCUACUAGACUACCUGGAUUCCCAGUGCAUUACGUUUACCACAGCCAGGCCUGGACUGAGGGGAGGGAGAAAGAGGAGAGGGAAGGGGGUGACCAGGGCUGGAGGGAGGGGAAGGGGAGGGAGAGGGGUAGCUAAAACAGCAGAUUGAAGUUACCUGUGUGAGGAUACAGUGGAGGCAAAGGUGGAUUUGAAGUGAACAUUUUAUCAGUGGCAAUUAAGGCUGUCAAAUGUUACUACCACUGAGUUUAAGUUGAAUUGUUUCCUGUUUUAUAUUGGUUGUAUAUUGUUUGGAUUUAAUUUAAAAUGUUACUUCUAUAACUAAGAGAAAAUAAAAAAA